AUGAAGCUCCGCAGUAAGGCGGCAGCGCUGCUUCUCCUGGCGCUGGCGGUGCUGCUGCUAGCGCUGCUGUCCUUGCGCACCCGCCGCGACCCGGAGCCCCCUGGCUUCCCCGCGCUCCCCGAGGCUGCCCCUCAGCACCGCCACGCGCCGGUCCCCACGCGCCCUCCGGAGCCCCACGCCUUCCCAGGGGUCGCCGGCCGACGUUCCCCUAGGCGCCGGCCCCCGCGUCCGCGCCCCCGAGCCGGCCGCCCGCGCGCCGCCAGCCGCGAGAAGUUGGCGAGGAGGCCUGGGGAAGCUAGGAAUUUGCACUCCGUGCCACCCGAGCUCUGGAUUCACCUGGCUGUGGUGGCCUGUGGCAACCGGUUGGAAGAGACGCUGGUCAUGCUCAAGUCCGCCGUGCUUUUCAGCCACAGGAAGAUGUGCUUUCACAUCUUCACGGAAGACACUUUGAAGCCCGAGUUCGAUAAGCAGUUGCGCCAGUGGCCCGACUCAUAUACAAAGAAGUUUGAGCACAGAAUCUACCCCAUCACAUUUUCCGUUGGAAACCCCCAGGAAUGGAAGAAAUUAUUCAAACCCUGUGCCGCCCAGAGGCUCUUCCUUCCGGUGAUCUUAAAGGAUGUGGACUCGCUUCUCUAUGUGGACACAGAUGUCCUCUUUCUGAGGCCUGUGGAUGAUAUCUGGAAGCUUCUGAGACAGUUUAACUCUACCCAGCUUGCCGCCAUGGCCCCAGAGCAUGAAAUCCCCAAGAUUGGCUGGUACAGCCGCUUUGCCCGCCAUCCUUUCUACGGCUCUACAGGGGUUAAUUCAGGGGUCAUGCUCAUGAACUUAACUCGCAUCAGAAGUACCCAGUUCAAGAACAGCCUGAUUCCAACAGGCCUGGCUUGGGAGGACAUGCUGCUCCCGCUGUACCAGAAGUAUAAGAAUGCCAUCACGUGGGGAGACCAGGAUUUAUUAAAUAUUAUUUUUUAUUUCAACCCAGAGUGUCUCUAUGUGUUCCCCUGCCAGUGGAACUACCGCCCUGAUCACUGCAUGUAUGGAAGCAACUGCAAAGAGGCUGAGCGGGAAGGUGUGUCUGUUCUGCAUGGCAACCGAGGCGUCUACCAUGACGAUAAGCAGCCCACUUUCCGAGCCCUCUAUGAAGCAAUCCGGGAUUUUCCCUUUCAAGACAAUCUGUUCCAAUCCAUGUACUACCCUCUCCAGCUGAAGUUUUUGGAGACAGUGCACACACUGUGUGGACGGAUCCCCCAGGUCUUUCUGAAGCAGAUCGAGAAAACGAUGAGAAGGACUUACGAGAAGCACGUCAUCAUCCACAUGGGCCCCGACUCCAUGAGCUGAGUGCCCCCCCUUGCUCUGAGUCAGCCUGGCGUCUGUGACUGGGGACAUGGAUCGUAUGCUGCCCGGAUAUGUGUGUGUGUGCAUAUUUACUGGUGCUCUGUGACUGUUGAGGUUCAAAUGCCUGGUUACAUUGUGCUUGAGUUGUUUAUCCCUGAAAGGGAAUGUGCUUUUCUUUAUUGUUUUUAAAUACUAUUUAUCUUUUUUAAAAAAGUUAUUAUGACUUUAACAUUGUCCUAGCGGGUUGAGAGAGAAAAGGGAACUUUUCCUAGCCCUCAAAUAUGAGAUCCUGUCAAUAUAUGCAAGAUUGUAAU